AUUUAAGGUCGCUCGAAAAUGCAUGCUGGAUACCCAUUUCAGAAUGAAGAAAGUUCAGAUGUUUUAUGAUGUUGUCUCUCCUUACUCCUGGGUUGGAUUUGAGUUGCUACAGCGAUACAGCCGGAAAUGGAACUUUGUGCUGGACCUUUGUCCUUUUUUUCUUGGAGGAAUUAUGAAAGGAAGCUCUAACAGACCUCCAGGCAUGAAUGCAGCGAAAGCAGCAUACAUGGGAGCAGAUCUAAAAAGAAUUUCUGCUUAUUAUGAUAUUCCCCUUAACAUUCCAUCCGAUCCGGCUGAGGUGAUGUUCAAUAAAGGAUCCUUGAGUGCUCAGCGAUUACUGACAGCUGUGAAAAUACAUUGUCCAGAGUAUUUAGUACCUGUGUCUCGUCAACUAUGGCUUAGGAUUUGGUCCUAUGACGAGGAUAUCACAACAAAUGAUAGCCUUAAGUUGGUUUCCGAAAAAGCAGGAAUUCCACUUAAAGCUAUCAAUAACCUGAUUGAUCAGGUAACAACUGAUUCCAUAAUUGAAGAACUGAAGCGAACUACACAAGAAGCACUUGACUCAGGGGCAUUUGGGGCACCUUGGAUAAUUGCAGACGUUGGAGGUGUAAGAAAAUGCUAUUUUGGAAGCGACAGAAUGGAAUUAUUAGCUGACAGCCUGGGAGAAAAAUAUGAAGGGCCACUCGUGGAUUUAAAAGCAUCUUUGUAAGGGCAAUUAUUCAGCGAUAAUAAACAAUGUACAAGUGUUCUCAUAGUCUACUUAUACGUCAUAAAAUUAUGAGCAUUUUCAUGGUACAGUUUUCAUGAUAGUAA